AUGCGUUCCAUUUGUCCGCUUGCAAAUCCGAAGCCCGUUUUCACUUUUAAGCAUCCAAAUUUCGAUCGGACGUCGAAUGUUAGAAGCAACAUUGUUAUGUUCAAUGUUGACAUGAACUCAGAGAUUAUGGGUUUUGCGGGUUAUUUUGAGGCUCAGCUUUAUGGAAAUAUUCAUCUGAGUAUUGUGCCUCAGACGCAUACAAGAGGCUUAGUAAGCUGGUUUCCAGCGCUCAUACCGCUUCGCCAGCCUCAGCGUUUACAGCGCGGCAGUAAAGUUCUUUUUCAUAUGAAUCGGAAAUUUGACGAGCAGGGUGUUUGGUAUGAAUGGUUUUGCGAAAUUCAGAACCAUAUUUUAUUAUUGUUGGAAGCAAUGAUUGUUGACUGUUAA